AACGGAGCAUCUACUGCCUACAUAUAAUCCACACCUUUGAUUCAUCGCCUCCACCUUCAUUUUCAUUUUUUUUCAAAUAAUAAUAAUUAUAUCAUCAGCACUCUCAACUCACACACAUACACACACACAUAUCUUAUCAACACCAAAAUUCACAGAUCUGUUACUGAAAUCGUCAUCUUCAAGGUUUCGAGAUGGUUGCACAAGAAUUUACAGUGGAUUUAGAUAAGCCUCUUGUCUUCCAGGUUGGCCAUCUUGGAGAAGCUUAUCAAGAAUGGGUUCACCAACCUAUCGUUAGCAAGGAAGGCCCUCGGUUUUUUAAAAGUGACUUCUGGGAGUUUCUUACCCUCAACCGUUGGUAUUCAAUUCCAAUCAUUUGGCUGCCCGUGGUAUGUUGGUACACCUCCAAGGCAUUCAAGAUGGGCCGGUCACCUCCUCAGAUAGCAGUUAUACUUGUUUUCGGUAUUUUUAUUUGGUCACUAAUGGAGUACACUCUGCAUCGCUUCCUUUUCCACAUUAAAACCAAGAGCUACUGGGGCAACACCGCUCAUUAUCUUCUUCAUGGCUGUCAUCACAAACAUCCUCAGGAUGGAUUACGCCUUGUUUUCCCACCUACUGCAACAGCAAUUCUCUUGGUUCCGUUAUGGAAGAUUUUAAACCUGAUAUCGACCCCUACUGUCGCUCCUGCUUUAUUUGCUGGUAUUUUGCUGGGUUAUGUGAUGUAUGAUUGCACCCAUUACUACCUGCAUAAUGGUCAGCCAAGAAAUGAAAUCUCCAAAAGUCUCAAGAAAUACCACUUAAAUCAUCAUUUCCGAAUUCAAACAAAAGGAUUUGGGAUAACAUCAUCUCUUUGGGACAGUGUGUUUGGUACAUUGCCUCAAACCAAAUCACAUGAGAAAGAAAGGAAGCAGUGAUCAAUCAAAUCAAGAGUUGAUUAUGUGUUAGGUUUUAUCAUUUAUUAGCAGCAUGUUAGCAAUUGUUUCAUAUUUAUAUUUCAUCUCUCACCAGGCUUGUUUGGCUUCAAAUUUAAAUUUAAUUAUCAUCUUAUUAUUGUACAUUUGUACUGCCAUGUUUUUGUAUUGUUGGGCUCUCUAGAAGAGUAUGCCAUCAACAAUAAAAGCCCUGUCCAUUUUGUCCCAAACUGAAGCAUGUAGUAAGUACAUUAGUAGUGUAUAUUCUCAAGUUUGUUA